AACUGAAAUCCUGAGAAGAAAUGGCUUCCCCCUUGCCAGAUGCACUGUUAGCGACAGACGUUAUGAGAGAUGCAGACAUGACCAAUCCAGGAACAAGUGCAUGCUUCCAAGGCAUAGGAGCUCUCCGUCAAAUGUUUGACUAUCACAUAGAGACAGCCUUGAGAACUGAGCAUGAGCUAAGGUCAAAGAUCACUAGCAUGGAACAGGAGAAGAGAGAAUAUGAUGAGAAGAUCAGAAAAUUAGAGCAAGAAGUUCUUGUCGUGAAGGGAAAUGGUCUAGAAUUGGAAGGAGGAUUAAGUCAGCCACAAAGAACUGUGCCAGAUGAAGGUGAGGACUGGAAUGGGAAAUAUGAGGAGAUGAGGAAGGAAUGCAAGACGCUAAAGGAAGAACUUCAUUCUAAAAGGAACCUAUGCAGCAAUUGUAAUACUGGACCAGGAAGUGAGUCAUGUUCAGGGCAGAUCUCCACUGAGGAGGAUCUACCAGUCACCAUGGAACACAAGCUUUACUUGUCUGAUAAAGUCUCAGGAAAUAAUAUCAAACAUGUUCUGCGACAUUUAAGUGUACCUGACACUGAUGUGGAAAACAUCUAUUAUGCACACCAUGACCCCAAGGAAUGCUGCAUACAGGGACUGAAAAAAUGGAUGGAAAACAAGGGGAAGAAAGCAACAGUUGGGGCACUUAUUAAAGGAUUGUUGAAAUGUGGUCUUCGAAAUGUUGCUGAACAGUUUUGUGUGAUUCACAAACUGCAUCAACUGCACAAAUUGGUAUGAUUUGAUAUUGUUUUGGUUGCUUCAUACAUCUAAGGCCAGUUCCUCAAUUCUCAAAACCAUCAUAAUUUUAUGUUAAUGGAAUCGGACAUCCCAUAAAUGUGUGUGUUAACACAUGAUUCUACUGAAUGACCAAGACUGUAGACUUACGAUGGUUUCGUGAAAAUGGCCCCCAGGUUCCUAAGCCCCGCUUUUGGACUGAGUAUAUGAACAUUUACUACAUGAAUUUUCAGUAUUCUUAUUUAGUCAGGCAAAAACAUUUUCAUUGGAAACAAACUCACAGUACUUCACAAUUUGUUUAUUUAAAUAUUUCAGUAAUUUUACAUUCAAUAUACAAUUUUAUUUGUAUGAAGGUGAAGGGUCUUUUGCUCACCAGAAAAUUGGUAUAUCUUACACUUUGCACAAAAGUAGGUGGAUAACCAUGAUAUUUUAAAACAAUAUAUCAUGGUUUGCAAAAAAGUACCUGGAUAAUUAUGUGAUAUUUGUCUAUAUCUCAUAGUUUGGAGGAAAAUAAUCAAAAGUGUAUACACAUUUAAAUAUGCAAAGGCUAAGACAAUAUAUGUAUGCGCAUAACCAUUGCAGAAUGUUAGGAUAAGGCCAAAUUGUGUUUUUAUCUCUGUGUUUAAAGUGCAAUUUCGUACAAAAGCAUAUGGAUGUAAUA